AUGUCGUCCAGCAACUCCGAGACCAUCGACUGGCGUGUUCGUGCUGAGCAAGCCGAGCGAGCCUUGGUACUACAUCAACUCGAGUCCGAGCGCGAUCUUGCCCGCGCGCAGCGUGACGUUCUUCAAGCCCGAGUCGCUGCGCUCGAGACCGCAAACGAGGGCAUGAGAGGAAGGCUUGAGUAUUUGGAAAACCGCGAUGGCGUCAAGGUAGAACAUGGCAAGUCGUACCAGCUCGUCCCCAAGCUUGAUCCUCGAGUCGUCGGCAAAGCAGACUGA